UUGACCAAUGAGCUUCGACAUCUUUGCCACAUGGUUAGGCUUGUUUACUACAAAACCUGAAAACCUGCUGGAAGACACUGUCGAAAACCCGGACAUGGAUUUUUACCACUUCACCUCAAACCUCUUCAUGUUUGAGGCUGUAUUAAACGUCACGAAUGGUGUUUCCAUAGCGUUGACGCUAUCCACUUUAUAUACAUCGAUGUGCGUAUGAGAGCUGUUGGUAGUUUGAUUGAACACACAUACUUCUGCAAGUGAACAAAUCCGUUCCACUGGUUGGAGAAAAAUCCAUUGCGUGUUUGGAUUUAACAGGCACUAUAGCCCCUUUCAGGGAGAGAACAGAGCAUUUUCAAGUUACAGCCGGUCAGAGCGAGCUGGAAGGGAAGGGGGUGUGUAGCCUAUAACAUACGAUCUCCUCCAUGUCUCUGUCGUCCUUUACUACUACCUGGCCAGAAGCAGGAGACCAGGAGAGUGGUGCUAGUGACUGUACAGAGAGACAAACGUUGCGACAGAUUGACAGACAGACAGACAUGAUACACAAAACUCGUCUAGGGAAGCGUUCUCCAAUGGGAGCACUGGUGUACCCCUCCCAGGAGGUUUCCAUGGAGUCUCAUGGGUUACACAGAGACUCUGGACCCCAGCCCCACCUCGGCAGGAUCAAGCUGCACCCAGGGCAGAAGGUGUAUGUGUUAUGUGGAGGACAGGAGUGCUGUGGGGUGGUGGAGCAGCAUAACCAUAUGGAUAACCAGGUGUCUAUCCUGCUUCCUGCUCUGGGACAGCACAUCCUGAGGAAGAUGGAAGACGUGUGGACUACCCCCUCUACUCCCCCUCCACCCCCCCCAAGCACUGUCAGCCCACCACUCACUGUCUCCUCCUGCAUAGACGUACCAAGGAGCAACCACAGCCCUGAGGCGGUGGACAUGGAUGAGAUGAUGGCAGCUCUGGUGCUCACCAGCCUCUCCUGUAGCCCAGUGCUGCAGAGUCCACCUCAGAGAGACACAGCAGGUGUGGAGUGUGGUGGAGGGGAGCUCUAUGACAGUGGCAGCAGUGGUUACUGGAGCCUGGACUGUGGCAACGGAAGUCCUGAUCCCUCUCCACCAAUGACUGAGGCUGAGGGUAGCCUGGCCAUGCCCCCUGACGAGGGAUUGGACAUGGAGCUGGAGCAGGUGCUGUUUGAUGAACCAGAACCAAGGAGACGCAGGAACUCAGUGAAGUUGGCCUACAGGUGUCUGUGGCCAAAUUGUGGAAAGGUGCUGACAUCAGUGGUGGGGAUCAAACGCCACAUUCGUACACUCCACUUGGGCCAAAGUGGUGAACAUGAGCGUUGUUCUCGCAGCGAGGAGGACUUCUACUAUACUGAAAUCCAUCAGAGAGACCCUCACCCUCUCACUCCUCCUCCACCGGUCCCCUCCAGCCCCACACUCUCCGGACCUGAAUCCCCCAGCGACGGAGGCCUCCAACCCAGCCCGCUGAGCCUGUCAGCUCCCUCUGCCUCCGGAAGCAUCUGGCAGGUCCACUCAGAACACUCCUACCAGGCCCCUGCUCCUGUCUGUGUGGUUGCCCCUAACCCCACCUCAUACUGCAAACAGGCUGGAUCAUUCCGUGUGCGCUCUGUCAGUGUCGGGGAACAGUGGCUUCAGCAGCACAGCACCUCCAUCAGGCCACACCCCGCCGGUACCUCUCCCCCACGCACGCACUGGACCUCCAGGAGGGUGCGUGGGGAGGCUAAGAAGUGUCGGAAGGUGUAUGGCAUAGAGCACCGGGACCAGUGGUGUACCGCAUGCCGCUGGAAAAAAGCCUGCCAGCGCUUUCUGGACUGAUUGCCCUUAGAGAGAGGGAUGGAGGGAAGGAGAGGGGGAUGUGGAUGAGGAGACAGGAAGAUAGACUAUAACAGAGGAGGGUUCACCUCCUUAAUAAACACUGAGGAGAUGAUACCUGGAGUCAACCAGCAGAGCACCAGUGUAUGUGUUGGUGUCUCUUUUUAACUUGUACCUUUGUACAUUUUGUGAUGUUUUUUUAUGGUUGGGGGGGUUCCUAAAGUGUAAUUGUGUAUUUUGUGUAUGUCUUGAAAUUUGUGCCGGUGCUGGCGUUGAACAGGGAGAGGGCAGCUGUAAUCAAAUAUGAUCUUUAAGAGCAGCUAACAGCACCCUAUCCCUCAGUUUAUCUGACUGAAAUUAUUUCAGAGGAAAUGAGCCAUGCCAUUUGUCCUCUGUGACCUCUGACUGAACAAUUGGGGUCUGUUGUCUUUUCAAAUUAUGUUAUCGAUUCCAUUUCCUGAUAAAUGCCUUUUCGCACUGAUAGGAAGUUAUAUUCCCUGAUUCCGCUAUAUAGGUUUCUGUCAACCAGUUAAUGGUCAACAUGUCUGAACACUCAGAACUGGACAAACGUCAUUUGAUGAUAAGUGUAUAUUUGGACCAUCCUAGUUUCUGGAUUACAUAAAUACAUGUGUUUCUCCCUUCAAAACUGCAUGUAGCUUUUUGAUGAAAUUAACGUUUUCGUUUGGGAACAAAAAACAUGUUUUGUAUGUGUAUUUUGUGCGUUUUUGUAUGUUAUAAAGUUGUCUUUGUGUUGCCGCUGUU